UGACAGUUGAUAUAUCGGUAAAAAGAAAAUAUUCCGUGGUAUUUGUAAACAUGGCGGAUCACGUCAUGCAUUCCGAAUAUAAUAAACAAAUAAUUUCGAAAAAUGGAAAUAAACAGUGGGUGAAGUUAAAUGUAGGCGGUACAUAUUUUUUAACGACGAAAACCACUCUAUCCAGAGACCCCAACUCAUUCUUGUACAGGCUAGUUCAAGACGAUAGUGAUUUAAUAUCGGAUAAAGACGAUACGGGGGCGUACUUAAUAGACAGAGACCCAAACUAUUUUUCACCAAUUUUAAAUUACCUUAGGCAUGGCAAAUUAGUAAUGAACAAAGGCUUAGCAGAGGAAGGGGUGUUAGAAGAAGCUGAAUUUUAUAAUAUUGCUGAACUUAUAACAUUAGUGAAAGAAAGGAUUAUGCAUAGGGAUAACAUGCCAGGCAAAGAUGGAAAGAAACACGUGUAUAGGGUCAUACAGUGCCAUGAAGAUGAACUAACUCAAAUGGUCUCUACAAUGUCAGAUGGUUGGAAAUUUGAGCAGCUAGUAAAUAUUGGCUCACAGUACAACUAUGGAUCAGAUGAACAUGCAGAAUUUUUAUGUGUAGUGAGCAGAGAAUAUGGUGCCCCUGAAAGCUCAGAAGUUAAAAGUGAUAGAGAAGAUAGAGCUAAGGUGUUGCAACAGAAAGGGUCAAGGAUGUGAGUGAGACAGCGCAGCAUGUGGGGCAACUGCGGCUGGUGCUUCAUGUUUGUCAGGUUGUGCAAAGGUUUUUUGAAUUAUUAAUCUGUAUACCAUCAAUCCGUGAAGCUCUUCCCCGUAUUACUGUUCACAAUCUAGGGGAACAUGAAGUAUGAGAUCACCUAUAGAAAAUCCAAGAUGUAGAAAUUUAUCCACUGAUAGCUCAUUUUCCAAGUAUAUGAAUAGCACAAUAUGUGACACUAGAUUGUGAAAGUAGUAUAUUCAUAUAUUCACUGUCAUAUACUCCUAACAAUAUCUGAGGAUUGUCAUUUUGAUGGAGAAUUAGCACGUUAAUUAAUAUUUGCAACAGACGAUAUCCAGUUCAGUUGAACAUAAAAAUGGGCAAAUGUAUGUAUUGACCACAAUCUCUAGGUGCCAAUGUUGCCAUCUCUCUGACUGUUAGCUUUGGUUAUGGGAUUUCCUGUUCCAUCUUUGAGACAUUCUGGGUCUUGCCUUGACAUCAGCUUAUAAUGUAAUAAAAUAUAUAUAAAAUGUUUCUUCACAUAGAAAAUCGAGUUGCUUUUAUACAAUAUAAUGUUGUCGAACAAUUUUAGAAAUAUUUGUACGUACACCCUAUUAAUGAAUCAUUGUUUUAUCUUUAAUGCAAAAUUCUUCAUCAACCUGACCAUUUCCCAACGUGAUGACACUCUCUGAAUAUUAAAAAUACUCUUGUUGAAGCAUCGAUGUGCAUAUUUCAAGUGUGAAACAAUAAACAUGACUAAUUGGUUUUUAUGUGAUCGAACUUUGUAAAACGGAUCAUAAGCUCGUAAUGUAUGAUUGAUAAAAAAUGUACAGGACUGAUAGGGAAACUGAAAACAAUAAUAUUCAUGCAAUUUUACGGCUCGUAUGUUUUGAUAUGCACGGAAGGGCGAUGACGUCUAGAUAAAAAUUAAUCCAUAGAUCACGCAAAAGACAGUUGAUUGUAAAUCAGGUUGAAGAUAUAUGAAUAAUGAUGACAGUAUAUUUCACAAUUCUACCAUAUAGCUAAAAAUAUACUUAUUUCGGCGUCCGAAAACGGAUCUGGAGUACAAUAGCGCCAUCUAGGAAACAGUAGCAGAACACAAUUAUUAAUUUAGCAAUAAAAUUUGAAAAGAGUUGGUGUUUGGUCUGCUAUUGUGUCACAGAUGGCGUUAAGAUUAUCAAUCCCUUCUCGGCACAAUGCCUCUUUUAAUUGGGUAACUUCGGGUAGAAUACUUUAUUUAAUGCCUGAAAUUACCCAGUUAAAUGUCCAUUAGAGAGGCGCCAAAACGGAAUUAAAGAUCCCAGCGCUAUCUAUGAGACAGCAGCAGAACUAAGCAGUCUAACUCUUUCCAAAGUAGGUUCUUAGAUUUGAUGUUCUGCUACUACUUAGGUGGCACGUCAAGUAGAAUAUAUUAAUGCUACUAUAAAAAAUCUACAGAAAGGGCAAAUACACAGCAGUUAUAUGAUGAGAUAAGCUUUAAAGUUACUGAAAAUUUCGCCCCAACCAUAUAUGUCAUUGAUGUAUCUUCAAAAUGUAGUAAGGCACCUUUAAGGGGACUUACACCAUUUUAUAUCAUCUUUAUGGUUAAAUGUCAUGUUUAGCCCUGCAUUUGAAAUUUGGGUGCAAUGUUAAGGCUCCUUAAACUAACAAAAUAUGAAAAUAAUUUGAAAAAAUUAAUCUAAAGACUGUAGGUUUAUUAUAAGGAAAAAGUGUAAAUAUAACAUAUAAAGCAUUUUAAUACAUGUACAUUUUGAUGAAUUCAGAUAUUUAUUUAACUCAAUGUAUGUAAACUGUUUUUAAUGUAAAUGGUAGAUUUUGAAACAAUAUUCACAUUUUUUCAAUUACUAUUUAAAAGUUUUGUUUUUUCUAAAACGUUUAGUCUUGCGGUUUUUGUGACCCAAAAACAUCUAUUUCAUAGUUGCUUUAUUGAUAUGGUGUACUAUUAUUUCCUAUAGGUUUCAUUUUGUUAUAAAUUUGUGACAAAAGUCCUACUAAUACAGUUGCUUUAUAUAAUUUGUGUAAAAUAGAAUAAAUUAUACUUCUAAAGUUGAUUUAAUACUUAGGGCCGUAUCGUAAGUCGUCCCUGCAACCAUUACGGCCUUCCUGAUUUUCAUAGUCUUUUCUCUCCUUCAAAAACGCUGGGAUAUCUUUAGAUUUCCACCAUUCUGUGUCAGCACUCUCCUAUUGUGAAGUUACGUUUUCUUUUUGAAUUGUAGGAAAUUUAAGGCUGUUAAAAUGGAUGAUAUAAAUUAGCAUGACAAUUUGAUCCCAAUGGAUAAUUGUUACAUAACCUCAAAGUAGGAACAACUGAUGAUACAGCCCUUAGUUAUCAAUAGUGUUAUAACUCAAGUGCUUCUGUAUACCAUUUUCUUGGUGUUUUCUGAGUUGUUACCAGUAAUACAGGGUUUACCAGAAUGUAUAUCAUCUAAAAAAUCCCUACAAGGUAUGCACUUUGUUAAUUUAUUGUAUCAUUUCUGGAAGACUCUGUGUAUCAGAUCUCAGAUAUACAUGCUGGCAAAGCAGUUGAUUUUCAUAGUUAUAUUGAAAUUUAGGAAAGAUAACUGUCGAAUAGUUGAGAUGAUAUUUAUUUGAUAUUUCACUGAAACUCAAAAUAUGUCUUCACAACUGAUACUUUAAUGUUUUUACUUAUGUACUAAUAAAUUAUUUGUUUUUUUUAUUUGAAAUAAAUGAUUUUUUACCUCUAA